CUAUCAAAUGACGAUCAUCAACUAAAACAGUCUCAUAGAGUCUAAGCAGUGAGCAGAAGCGGUUUGCAAGGAAAUCCAAUAACAUAACACAUCUGUAAAUUGAUUUCAUUCAAAAUUUGAUCUAGAUUUUAAUCGACUUGUGUGAAAAUGGCCAAAUUAGAUGAACGAAUUGGGUUCCUUGGUGGUGGCAAUAUGGCUUUUGCAAUCGGUUACGGUUUAAUAAAUCGAGGAAUAAUUAAACCGGCCCAAGUUGUGGUGAGCGGACCAAAUUUAAGUAAUUUGGAGAGAUGGCGUCUUUUGGGUGCAAACAUUACCGAAGACAAUGGCGUUACGGUAACGAAAUGCGACAUUAUUUUUAUCUGUGUCAAGCCACACUUAUUGCAUACAUGUGCAAGUCAAGUGGAAGGAAGCAUUGAUCGUGUUGUUUGUGAUAAGGACAAACUGUUUGUAUCCGUUUUAGCCGGUAUUUCACUUGAUCAAUUGGAAUUGGCCUUCAGUUUUAUGAACAAUUUGAAAAUAAUUCGUUCAAUGCCGAAUACACCGAUGCAAGUUGGUGAAGGAUGCACCGUUUAUACACCCGGUCGUUAUGUAACCACACAAGAUCUGGAAAAAACUCAUUUAAUAUUGAACUCAUUGGGCAUUGCUCAGCAAGUACCUGAAAAAUGGAUCAAUGCCGUUGCAGCAAUGGCAGGAAGCGGACCGGCCUAUGUGUUUACGGUCAUCGAAGCGAUGGCAGAUGGUGCUGUUAAACAAGGUAUACCACGUCAAAUGGCACUUCAAUUUGCAGCCCAAACUGUGUUGGGCUCUGCCAAAACUGUCAUACAAACUGAAAAGCAUCCGGCGGUGUUGCGUGAUGAGGUAUGCAGCCCGGGUGGCUCCACAAUAGUUGGCAUGCAUGAGCUCGAAAAAAUUGGUAUCCGGAAUGCCUUUAUUAAUGCUAUCGAAAAAGCGGCUGAAAGAAACCAAGAAUUGGGAAAUUUCAAAAAGUAACACUUUUAUGAUCUGUUGUCGUUCUCGAAUAUUUAUUGUUGACAUGUGAAAAUAUUCUAAAUAAAAACAUAAAACUAACAAUAUUCAAAGAAA